AUGGCAUUUGAACAGCUCCUGGAGGGGACCGGGGGCAUGGGCCUCUUCCAGGCCCUGCAGGUCUUGACCCUGCUGCUCCCGGCCAUCUGGAUGCCUUCCCAGCUGCUCAUGGAGAACUUCUCCGCUGCCGUCCCGGACCACCGCUGCUGGGCCCGCGCCCUGGACAAUGGCUCCGAGACCCCCACAAACCUCUCCCUUGAAGCCCUCCUGGCUGUCUCCAUCCCACGGGGCCCCAACCAGCAGCCACACCAGUGUCUCCGCUUCCGCCAGCCACAGUGGCAGCUCCUGGACCCCAACGCCACGGCCACCAACUGGAGCGAGGCCGCCACAGAGCCGUGUGUGGACGGCUGGGUCUAUGACCGCAGCAGCUUCACCUCCACCAUUGUGACCAAGUGGGACCUGGUGUGCAGCUCCCGGGGCCUGAAGCCCAUGGGCCAGUCCGUCUACAUGGCCGGGAUCCUGGUGGGCUUCUUCUUCUGGGGCCUCCUUUCCCACCGGUUCGGGCGGAAGCCGAUGCUGAGCUGGUGCUGUCUGCAGGUGGCCGUGGCCAGCACCGGCACCGUCUUCUCCCCGAAUUUCUUCAUCUACUGCAGCCUCAGGUUCCUGAGCGCUUUCGGGCUAGCGGGCAUCAUCCUGACGUUGUCAACGCUGAUGGUGGAGUGGACCACGACCCACAAGAGGGCUGUUUCCAUGACGAUACUGGGAUGCACCUUCAGCACGGGCCAGAUGGCCCUGGCCGGCCUGGCCUUCGCCCUGCGGGACUGGAGGGACCUCCAGCUGGCUGUGUCCGUGCCCUUCUUUGCCAUCUCCCUGAUAUCCUGGUGGCUGCCAGAGUCUGCCCGGUGGCUGAUUAUCAGGGGCAAACCAGAACAGGCGCUUCAGGAACUCAAGAAGGUGGCCAGGAUAAACGGCCACAAGGAGGCCAAAAAGACGCUGACCAUAGAGGUGCUGAUGUCCAGCAUGGAAGAAGAGAUGGCCUCUGCAGAGGACCAUGGGUCAGUGCUGGACCUCUUCCGUGUGCCAAUGCUCCGCUGGAGGACCUGUGCCAUGCUGAUGGUGAACUUCUCCCUGCUGUUCUCCUACUACGGGCUGGUCCUGGACCUGCAGAGCCUGGGCAGGGACAUCUUCCUCCUGCAGGCCCUCUUCGGAGCCGUGGACUUCCUGGGCCGGGCCACCACCAUCCUCUCGCUCAGGUUCUUUGGCCGCCGCAUAACGCUGGCGGGGUCCCAGGCCCUGGCCGGCGUCUCCAUCCUGGCCAACAUGCUGGUGCCACAAGACCUGCAGACCCUGCGCGUGGCCUUCGCUGUGCUGGGGAAAGGAUGCUUUGGGAUGAGCCUGACCUGCCUCACCGUCUACAGGACGGAGCUCUUCCCAACCCCGCUGCGGAUGACAGCGGAUGGCUUCCUGCAGUCGGUAGGCCGCCUGGGAGCUAUGGUGGGCCCGCUGGUCAGGAUGGCCCACCAGGCGCUGCCCCUGCUGCCCCCGAUCUCCUACGGCGCCAUCCCCAUCGUGUCCAGCCUGCUUCUGUUCUCCCUCCCGGAGACCCAGGGACUGCCCCUCCCCGACACCAUCCAGGACCUGGAGAGUCAGGCAUCAGCUGUGGCCAGGGGCGACCAGCAAGAAGUGGUCACUCUAGAAAGCACCUGGCUCUAG